AUGGCUGCGAACACAGGAUUCCGACUGGGUGAAGACCAAUUUUCAGAGGCGAGCGACAGCGACCAAUCACAACACAGCAAACGGAGCCCUUCACCCAGCCAGGCCAACGGUCAGGUACCUGCACAGAAAUCCAAGAAGAAAAAACAAAAGGACCGACGCAAAAUGGGCGCAUUGGCCGACGAGCUAGUCGAUGUCUUGGGUGAUGCCUUUUCGGCACCGACGGCCCAUGCACUCACUGGUACCGAUCAGCAAACAAGCGGUGACCAGAGCAUCAUGGUUGAUGCCGAACCUGCAGGCAAAAAGAUGAACAAGCGCGCUCGUCAGAAUCUCGCGAGGAUGCAGGCCCGCAAGGAGAGGAAUAGCGUCAAAAUGAAGGACGUUACUCAAGACAAGACAUUGCAGGCCGAGAUGGCCGCUGCAGAGCGAAGAGGCAUGUCGUUGGAAGAGUAUCGAAAGCUCGGUUCUGGAAAAGGCAUGUCCAAGGCUUCGGCCAGGAGGGUGAAGAAGGAAGCUAUGCGAAAGCAGCGUGCGGCUGCAAUGGUGGACGAAAUGGAGAUUGGAUAG